AUGCGUGGUUUCGGUUUCGCUAUCGAUCGUGGUGGAACGUUCACCGAUGUUUGUGUGUUUAAACCGGACGGAAGCACACGUGUAUUGAAGGUGCUCUCAGAGGAUCCGGCCAACUAUAAUGAUGCACCAACUGAGGCUAUUCGUCAAGUUUUGGAGCAGGAAUCUGGUGUUCCCAUACCCAGAGGCGUUCCAGUCCCUACAGAUAACAUUGCUUGGAUCCGUAUGGGAACAACGGUAGCAACGAAUGCGUUACUGGAAAGAAAAGGUGAACGGAUCGCUUUGCUCAUCACCAAAGGUUUCAAGGAUCUCCUUUUUAUCGGGAAUCAAACUCGUCCGAAAAUAUUCGAGUUUGACAUCAAAAUCCCUGAGGUUCUCUACGAAGAAGUUGUGGAGGUGAACGAACGAGUGAUCCCUUACGAUGAAAGUUGCCAAAUGAACGACAUCGGCGUAGUAAAGGAGACUUCUUUCGGGAAGGUGAUCGUCGAAAAGGUGCCAGACGUCGAGGAGUUGAAAACAGUCCUGAACUCGGUUCGAGCGAAAGGAAUCACUAGUAUCGCGGUGGUUUUUUUACAUUCCUUCAUUUACCCUUUUCAUGAACUUCACGUGAAAGAAGUGGCCACAGAGCUUGGAUUCAGCAGCAUUUCCCUCUCACAUGAGGUGAUGCCAAUGAUUAAGGUCGUUCCCAGAGGGUUCACAGUUUGCGCCGAUGCUUAUUUGACACCGAAAAUAAGGGAAUAUAUCAAAAGUUUCGAGUCAGGAUUUUCCGAUGGGCUGAAGGGUGUACGAGUUGAUUUCAUGCAGUCAGACGGAGGACUUUGCAAUGUGAACAGCUUUUUUGGCUCGAAAGCCAUUCUCUCGGGACCUGCUGGGGGUGUAAUAGGUGUGGCUUUGACAGCGUAUGAUCCAAAAACGAAAAGACCCGUAAUUGGUUUCGAUAUGGGAGGAACGUCGACUGAUGUUUGUCGAUAUUCUGGAGCACUGGAACAUGUCAUGGAAACCACAACCGCCGGCGUCACAAUCCAGGCACCACAGUUGGAUAUAAACACUGUCGCUGCCGGUGGUGGAUCCAGAUUAUUCUUCAGGAAUGGGAUUUUCAUCGUAGGACCUGAAAGUGUUGGAGCUCAUCCGGGUCCAGUUUGUUAUAGAAAAGGAGGCCAGUUGUCAAUUACGGAUGCAAAUCUUGUGCUGGGACGAAUCCUACCCGAACACUUCCCGAAGAUUUUCGGCGCUAACAGCGAUGAAGCUUUGGACAGUAAUGCCUCCUACUCUGCGAUGCUUGCACUUAAAGAUGAAAUCAAUGAUUAUGUGAAGAAAAAUCCUGAUGCUCUCCAGAAAGAGUACACAACUGAGGAAGUUGCAUUAGGUUUUAUAACUGUAGCAAACGAAGAGAUGUGUCGACCAAUCCGAGCUCUCACUCAGGCUCGAGGUUACGAUACUUCAGCGCACGUACUCGCUUGCUUCGGUGGAGCCGGUGGGCAACAUGCUUGCGCAGUUGCUCAAAUUCUAGGAAUUCAACGUGUUGUGAUACAUAAAUACUCCAGUUUGCUCUCAGCAUAUGGAAUUGCAUUAGCUAAAGUGGUCAGCGAAGUCCAGGAACCAGCAAAUCUUGUUUUUUCAAGAGAAACCAUGUCCGUGAUCGUUGAUCGCUUUCGCGUCCUUGUUGAAAAAGCCACGAACGAACUCAGGAGUCAAGGAUUUGCUGAAGUUGAUUGCGAGCACUUUCUUCACAUGAGGUUUUCGAGGACAGAUUGUGCCGUUAUGGUCACUGCCGACUACGAUCCUCAGAAUGCUGAAACGUUGCUGAACUUUGUGACCGCAUUCAAUGUGAUCUACAAGCGAGAGUUUGGAUUCACACUGACCGAUCGUGACAUCAUUGUGGAUGAUAUACGGGUCCGUGGAGUAGCUUCUUCCGGGGUGAAGCAUAGCGAACGUAUUGAUAUGGCUGACGAUCCUAAGCAUCCGAAAGCUACGGGAGUUACUAGGACAUUUUUCGAGGGUGGUUUUCUUGACACCGCCGUCUAUAACAUCACAGAUUUACUUGGUGGACAUAUAAUUCAUGGACCAGCGAUUAUUAUCGACAAAAACAGCACAAUUUUAGUGGAGCCACGGUGCACUGCGACUGUCACCCAAGAAGGGAAUAUUCAUCUGGACGUUUGCAGCAAACGUGAGGAGAGCAUCGCUUUACAGGUGGACCCUAUUCGUCUUUCAAUUUUCUCGAAUCGAUUCAUGUCAAUUGCCGAACAGAUGGGACGUGUUCUACAGCGUACAGCCAUAUCCACAAAUAUCAAGGAACGCCUUGAUUUCUCCUGUGCCUUAUUUGGUCCUGACGGUGGUCUGAUCGCUAAUGCUCCUCAUAUUCCUGUACAUCUGGGUGGUAUGCAGUACGCCGUACGAUUUCAAAUUGAUCAUCUUGGAAUGGAUUCAAUCCAUAAAGGUGAUGUAAUAUUGUCGAAUCAUCCGAGAGCGGGCGGAAGUCAUCUGCCGGAUCUUACAGUGAUCACGCCGGUGUUUUUCGAGAAUAUUAAAGGUCCAGUGUUCUUUUUGGCGAAUCGAGGUCAUCACGCGGACGUUGGUGGAUUGGUUCCAGGUAGUAUGCCACCGAACGCUACUUCGUUAGAUCAGGAAGGCGCCACAUUCGUCUCAUUCAAAGUUGUUGAAAAAGGUGUUUUCCAAGAAGAUUUUCUCAUCAGUCACCUAAUGGCUCCGAAGGAAAUUCGAGGUUGCUCCGGUACUCGAAAUUUAGCUGACAAUAUUGCUGAUAUCAAAGCUCAAAUAGCCGCCAAUAAUAAGGGAAUCUCCUUAGUUUGCGACCUCAUAAGUGAAUAUGGCCUGGACACUGUGCAAGCGUACAUGCAACACAUACAGUCUACUGCGGAAGAGUGCGUAAGGACAAUGCUGAAAGAGGUAGGACAAAGUGUUUUCGAACGAACUGGGAGCACUUCACUACAAGCAUGUGAUACAAUGGAUGAUGGGACCCAAAUAAAAUUAACUGUCAACAUCGAUAUAGAGAAGGGGGAGGCGUUGUUCGACUUCACUGGCACAGGCAUGGAGGUGAUCUCGUCCUGUAAUUGUCCUCGAGCCGUUACUAUGUCCGCUAUAAUUUAUUGCCUUCGAUGUCUUGUGGCGAAAGAGAUUCCUCUGAACAGCGGUUGUCUUUCUCCAAUUAGCAUUUUAAUCCCUGAGGGCACGUUGCUAUCUCCGUCCGAGAAUGCGGCUGUCGUAGGAGGAAAUGUGCUGACCAGUCAAAGAUUAUGCGAUGUGAUUCUGGGUGCCUUCAAGGCAGUAGCAGCUAGUCAAGGAUGCAUGAAUAACGUCACAUUCGGCGAUGACACCAUGGGCUACUACGAGACUAUCGCCGGAGGCGCAGGUGCCGGCGAAGGUUUUCAUGGGAGGAGUGGUGUUCAUACUCACAUGACAAACACCAGAAUUACGGAUCCGGAAAUCCUUGAGAGCAGGUACCCGGUCAUACUGCGUGAGUUCCGUCUACGCGAAAAUUCCGGAGGAGACGGAAAGUGGCGUGGAGGAGAUGGUGUGGUGCGCUCGCUUCAAUUCCGCCGGCCUCUGUCGCUUUCUCUUCUCACGGAGCGGAGGGUUUUUGCCCCGUACGGUCUCAACGGAGGCGAAAAUGGCGAACGUGGGUUGAAUCUGCUGAAGAGGAAAUCACGUACGGUGAAUCUUGGAGGGAAAAUCAAUAUCGCCAUAGAGCCUGGAGAUAUUCUGGAAAUACGAACACCAGGUGGAGGAGGAUUCGGUACAAAUUCUAUAUGA